AUGCUGGCGGCUAAUUGUUUUGGUCACAUGAAAAGAGUUCGAGAAGUUUGGCUCUUGCUGGAAGAGGUUCCGUACCUGGAUGAUGACGACUACUUCAAGGCAGUUGGCGGCAUAACGCGUCGGCGAGGCGCCAUGAAACAGCAAAAGGUGCACGAAGCUCGGGGACACCGUUUUGUGGCCAAAUUCUUCCGCCAGCCGACGUUUUGCGCAUUUUGCAGAGACUUUCUCUGGGGCUUCGGCAAGCAGGGUUACCAAUGCCAACAGUGCCAGUGCGCUGUGCACAAAAAGUGCCACGACAAGAUACUCGGCAAGUGUCCGGGAUCCGGCAAGGAGUCGCAGAGCACCAUCUACCUCCGAGAGAGAUUCAAGAUCGACGUGCCGCAUCGGUUCAAGAUGCACAACUACAUGUCCCCGACCUUCUGCGACCAUUGCGGGUCGAUGCUCUACGGCCUGUUCCGACAGGGACUCAAAUGUGAAGUGUGUAAUGUCAACUGCCACAAGAAGUGUGAGAAGCAUUUGUCGAACCUGUGCGGAGUCAAUCAGAAGCUGCUGGCUGAAGCCAUCGCCACCAUCAAGCGAGACGCCUCCGGCAUCAGCAACAACAGAACGGGUGCGACUCAAUCCACUCAUACAGACCUGCUGCCUCAUGCCUGCCACGAAAGACUGCCAUCUACAAGGACAUCCAGCGAGAAAAACAAGACGAAGGGAAAGACGAAGAAGAAUAAGACGAACGGUGAGAGAAGAACCCUGGCUUUUAUAACCCCGAAUUCGAAGCCCGACGGGCAGCAACAACAUCAGCAACACGGUGUCAGUGGAAAGAAUCGUCACUACGGCAUCGACGACUUCGUGCUUCUCAAGAGAAAGAGGAUUCUUGAAAUUCCUCUGAUCAAUAUUGUGUCUUCUGAUAUGAUGAAUCAUCAAAAGGUGCUCGGAAAAGGCAGUUUCGGGAAGGUUAUGUUAGCUGAGCUGGUGACCAAGACUAAACCUGCAGGAGGAGGAGGAGGCAGCAGCAGCAGUCAAAAGCAACAACAACAACAACAACAACAGCAACAAUCCGUCGGAUCCGGUGUUUUCGUGGCCAUCAAGUGCCUCAAGAAAGACGUGGUGUUGGAGGACAACGACGUGGAGUGCGCCUUGGUGGAGCGACGCGUGUUGACGCUCGCCACGCGUCAGCGACACCCGUUCCUGUGCCAGCUGCUCUGCACUUUCCAGACCCCGUCGCACCUCUUUUUCGCCAUGGAGUACCUGAAUGGCGGCGACCUCAUGUUCCACAUUCAGGCCACGGGACGAUUCGACCAGGACCGGGCGCGGUUUUACGGCGCCGAGAUUAUAUGCGCAUUGGGUUUCCUGCAUGCCCGAGGCAUAAUUUAUCGGUGA